AUGACGAUGUCCACGGACAUCCUAGUUGCCUUCGGUUUUGUCAGCGCGCUUGACUUUUGCCCCACGAGUCUUAGGGAUAUCCAGAUCGUGGGAGCAAGGAAUGCGGAGAAGGUUGACCAAAUAUCUCCUGAGUCCGGCUCGGAUUGCGGCUCGGGUGACUUUGUGUUCCCUAGGCCUGUGAGGACAUGUCGCUUCGGUGGCACGAGGAAUUGA